AUGAGUCGAGCGUUGAACAGCACUGACAUCGAUCCCAUCCAGCACGGAAGCAGAUCUCGCGAUCAACAUUCGCAAAGCCACCAGCAUCGGGGCAAAGCGAAAAGCACUGACAGUAUCCGGGUCUGUAGCCAGCCUGUCCUUGCCGAUGAGGUCCAGACGUUCAAGGCGCUUAUCACGAUACACAAGGUCCUGCAGGAGGGCCAUCCGAUCGUUAUCCGCGAGGCACAGCAGCACACCAAUUGGAUCGAUAGUUUGAUGCGCGGUGUUGGUGGUGAGGGCUUGAGAGGAUACGGUCCGCUGAUCCGCGAAUAUGUCUUCUUCCUCGAGUCCAAGCUGGCGUUCCAUCGGAAUCAUCCCGAGUUCAAUGGAUUGUUCGAGUACGAGGAGUACAUCAGUUUGAAGACGAUCAAUGAUCCGAAUGAGGGUUAUGAGACAAUUACCGACCUCAUGACCCUGCAGGACCAGAUCGAUGCCUUCCAGAAGCUCAUCUUCUCGCACUUCCAGUCCGGAACAAACAACGAGUGCCGUAUCUCUGCGCUCGUUCCUCUCGUCACGGAAAGCUAUGGAAUCUACAAGUUCGUCACGAGCAUGCUGCGAGCCAUGCACACGACGACGGGCGAUGCCGACGCACUGGAACCCCUCCGCGGACGUUACGACGCCCAGCAUUACCGCCUUGUCCGUUUCUACUACGAAUGCUCGAACCUGCGCUACCUGACCAGUCUCAUCACCAUCCCGAAGCUCCCCCAGGACCCGCCGAAUCUUCUUGGCGAAGAUGAUGAGCGUCCCGCGCUGCCAAGGCGUCCCACGAAGGAGGUCGAGCAGCCGUCUCCGCCGCCGAAGGCAACCCCCGCCGAACCGGAACCCAUUAACGACUUCUGGACCACCGAAGCGAAGCGUCAGCAGGAGGAGUUCGAGGCGGAGCAGCGCCGUCUGCAGCAACAAUGGGAGGAACAACAGCGACAGCAGAUGCUCGCGCAGCAGCAGGCCCAGCGCGACUUUGAGGAACAGCAGCGUCUCCAGGCUGAGCAGCAACGCCUCGCCCAGGAGCAGCUCAUGCGUGAGCAAUACCAGACCCAGACCCAGGGCCGGCUGGCCGAACUGGAACAGGAGAACCUCAACGCGCGCGCCCAGUACGAGCGCGACCAGCUCAUGCUGCAGCAGUAUGAUCGCCGCGUCAAGGACUUGGAAGACCAGAUGAACCAGCUGGCAGCCAACAUGAACCAGCAGAACGCCUCGCGCGACGACCAAAUCCGCUCGCUGCAGGAACAAGUCAACACGUGGCGAUCCAAGUACGAGGCUCUGGCCAAGUUGUACUCGCAGCUGCGUCAGGAGCACCUGGAUCUGCUGCAGACGACGAAGAGUCUCAAGCUCAAGGCUGCGUCUGCGCAGGAGGCCAUCGACCGCCGCGAGAAGCUCGAGCGCGAGCUCAAGACGAAGAACCUGGAACUGGCUGAUAUGAUCCGCGAGCGGGACCGCGCUCUGCACGAGCGAGACCGUCUUUCCGGGAACAACAAGGAGGAAUUGGAGAAGGUCAAACGGGAACUUCGGUUUGCCAUUGAGCGGGCCGAAAAUGCCGAGCGCUCCAAGGGCACGGAGAUUUCAACCCUGUUGUCCAAGUACAACCGAGAAAUGGCGGACUUGGAGGAGGCGCUUCGCAACAAAACGCGCGCUCUUGAUGAAGUCGCGAGUCGAAACAACGAACGCCAGGGCGAUCUUGAUGUCGCCCUCCGUGAGAAGGACGAGGAGAUUGAAGUGUACAAGUCUGGAAUGGAGCAAGCUCUGAUGGAGCUGGAAGAACUCAAGUUGAACCAAGGCGAUGUCGACAAAGCGCUGGAUACGCAGAUUGAUACUGUUCUGCACGGCACCGUGGCCAAGAUCAACGACAUCAUCGACUCUGUGCUUCAGACCGGUGUGCAGCGCGUGGACGACGCUCUCUACGAAUUGGACUCGACCAUGCAGGCCGGUAACCAGAACGCCUCCCCGCCUUACGUCCUCUCGCAGAUCGAAAAGGCCUCCGCCUCGGCGACCGAGUUCUCCACUGCCUUCAACAACUUCAUCGCCGACGGACCCAACAGCACCCACGCUGAGAUCAUCCGCACGGUGUCGAUAUUCUCGGGGUCCAUCGCCGACGUCCUCAGCAACACGAAGGGAUUGACGCGGUUUACCAACGACGAGAAGAACGCCGACCAGCUCACAAAUGCGGCGCGCAAGUCCGCCCAAGCCACGGUGCGGUUCUUCCGUGGCCUGCAGUCCUUCCGUCUUGAGGGCCUGGAGCCGCUGCAGAAGACCGAUGUGGUUAUCAACAAUAACCUCGAGGUGCAGCGCGAUCUCCAGUCGCUCUCGAAGAUGGUCGACGCGUUCGCGCCCAAGAACACCAAGCUCGCCACCAACGGCGAUCUGGGCGACCUGGUUGACCAGGAGCUGAACAAGGCGGCCGACGCCAUUGACGCCGCCGCGCAGCGCCUAGCCAAGCUCAAGUCGAAGCCUCGCGACGGAUUCUCGACGUACGAACUGCGCAUCAACGACGUGAUUCUCGAAGCCGCUAUCGCCGUGACUACCGCAAUCGCCGAGCUGAUCAAGGCGGCCACUGCCUCGCAGCAGGAGAUUGUCCGCGAAGGCCGCGGUAGCUCGUCGCGCACCGCGUUCUACAAGAAGAACAACCGCUGGACCGAGGGCCUGAUCUCUGCCGCCAAGGCUGUCGCUUCCUCCACCAACACGCUGAUCGAGACGGCCGACGGCGUCAUCUCCGGCCGCAACUCCCCCGAGCAGCUCAUCGUGGCCAGUAACGAUGUGGCAGCCAGCACGGCGCAACUGGUGGCGGCCAGUCGCGUCAAGGCCUCGUUCAUGAGCAAGACGCAGGAUCGCCUGGAGACGGCCAGCAAGGCGGUCGGCGCCGCGUGUCGCGCGCUGGUGCGUCAAGUGCAGGAUAUCAUCUCCGAGCGGAACCAGGACGAGGGCGAGAGGGUCGACUAUGCGAAACUCAGCUCGCACGAGUUCAAGGUCCGCGAGAUGGAGCAACAGGUCGAGAUUCUUCAACUCGAGAACAGCCUCGCGCGGGCCCGACAACGCCUGGGCGAAAUGCGCAAGAUCUCCUACCAGGAAGACUAG